UAGCUGAAGGAAGAAAAGCAGCUGUAAGUAAUAGUCUUUUCUAAGACGUGGACGUAAACAGUGUGCGUCAUGAUGUCAUAACAGACGUACGUUUUGAAGUAGUCGGGCCGCGGCCUACAGCAGUAGCCAUUCUUUUGCUCCAUUUCAGAGGAUUACGCUCUCUUGGGAAUUUAAAAUGUCGCAAUAUGUAAUAUAAUUUGUGGUGGCGUGGUAGAAGACAGUUGUAGAAGAUGGCUCCAUGUCAUUCUAUACUGAAGGAUUGGAACCAUCAACAAGACACAAGAAACCAGAGGAACCACUUCCAACUAUAAUAUCCAAGGUUGUCUGCGGUCUUCAUUUAACAAUUGCAGCCAAAGAUCUUACAAUUAAUUAUGAUGGUGAUAUAGUGAACAUACACGGAAUAGGAUAUCUACACGGAGAGUCUGGAUAAAGUUUUAGAUGGACUUGGAUUUCCUGAAAAGUAAUGCCCUCUACGCAUGGAAAAAUUAAACAUGGAAAAGCAGAAAUUAGCAAACAACAUUGCCUCAGCACAGCCAGGUGGAGAAACAUGUUCCUUCAUCUGCACCGUGUGUGGUGAUGGGUUCAAACAGUAUAGUAGUGUGGUUUCUCACAUGGCUGUUCAUGGACCUUUAGAGUCAUUUGCCUUUGAUGGCUCAUCUAAUGGAUUUGAAGUCCCUCGGGAAUAUAUACUUCAGGAAAAUGGCACCCUAGUUGUGAAUGACUCUACACAGUCACAUUUAAACCUUAGACCUGCAUCUCCUGGAGUCCUUCCUUCACAUUUGCCAUUUCCUGUUAAACCAGUGACUUCAAACCCAAGGCCACAGCCCUGUAUACCAGACUUCACACCAAGUCCUUCUGACUUGACACUUGACAAGUGUCAACAGAGCUGUUACUAUUGUGAAAAAUGUGGUAAAUCAUUUACCAGCGUGCGGAGUCUACAUCACCAUCAGCAGUACCGAAACACUGAACGAGGUUACAAAUGUACUUUGUGUUGUAAGAUCUUUGAAGGUGGUGAGGAACUUAAGAAACACCUCCAAGAUCACAACAAUGAAAGUUUUUGCUGCUGUGGCUUUUGUGGUAAGCGGUUCCUUAAAGUGGAUUUACUCAUUACACACCAAAAAGAAAUCCCUGAAUGCUGUGUUACAUCUCUGCCUCAUUUAAAAAAAAAUGAUGAAAAAAGACUUGAAAAAUCAUAUUCUUGCAAAAAGUGCAAACUGUUUUUUUUCUGGAUGUCGGAUUUUCAAGCUCAUUCAUUGUAUCAUUGCCAAGGCAAAGAACUCAUCACUAACUUUGCAUCCAAAAUAGAAAUUAAUGACAACUCUAAACACCCAGAAAGUCCAUUUAAAAACUGCAUUAGCAAUGGCACAUCUGUUGAACCCAAGAAUGGGGAGAAUGGGGAUAGUAAAUUGUCCCUUAGAGAUAGUAAUAAUAAGAUGGAUAAGGAAAACUCUUUUACACCAUACAGAUGUGGUUUAUGUGGAGAUCGUUUUCAUAAAUUGUCAGAUCUGAAGGAGCAUCAUUUUACACAUCAAACACAGGAGGAAAUUGACCAAUUAAAUGAAGAAUCUGAAAAGAAUGUUAAGCGCAAAUUGUUGCCCAAAAUUAGACGGAGAAGAAAUACUCAAAAUGGCAAGCUUCAUCCUUGUAAGCAUUGUCACCGUGUCUUUAAUCAUUCUAGUAGUUUAUCUAGGCAUAUGAGAUUCCAUAAAGGUACCAUGCACGCAUGCGUGUUUUGUGGCAGACAUUUUCCUCAACGCUGUGAUAUGAGACGACAUGUUGUCACGUACCACAAAACUGAGUUAGAAAAGAAACCGGGGUUAAAGCUUUUGUAUAUAGCUCCAAGAAGUGGACCCAUUCUCAUUUCCCUCAAUGGUGAUGAAAACCCAAGAUCUCAAGAUGAGAAAACCAAAAAUGUAUCAGCUCAUACUGAGCAGAAAACAUCGCCUGAAGAGAAGCCAACUGAAAUAAACACAGAGCGAUCGAGCUACAACUGUCAGGAAUGUGGGAGAGUAUUUGGACUAUUGAGUGUGUACCAAAGGCACUUUCGCCAUCAUAAAAAGGUGCCCCGUUCUAAAUCUUCAGCACAGUUGGACAAUUCUUCAUCUCUUGAGCACUCUCAAAGUCACCUAAGCAAUGAAGAUGUUUGUGGUUCUGUACAAACUUCUCAAUGUGAUACUAUGGUGAAAAGUCAAAAUUCUGUAACAGAAAAAGUACAAACUGAGAACACAGAGGAGAAAUGUCUGGACCAUCAGCAAAGGGAUCAAAGUAAUGUAUCGGAUACUUUGUAUGAAUGUACUGAGUGCACUGAGACAUUCUCUUGCUUGGAGAUAUUUUUUCAGCACCAGGCCUCUCAUGCUUCGGAAAAAAAUGGGUAACUACUACCCAUCAUGUCAUUGAAAAACAAUCUUCCACGUUUUAAUCCAUUUGUAUGCAAACAUUUGAAUUACUGUAUAGAUGAAAAUGAAAUGUUUGUAAUUGUCAUUUUACCUUGCUUUUUUUACAGUGCCCUUCUCACAGGAAGAAAAAUAGUCUAUUGAUAAUUUCGAACUAAGCACAGGCGAUGAACUAAGCUUGAGAAAAUAACAAACACAAGUACUUUUGUUUUAAAUGUUUGAACUACUCAUAAAAUCUGUCAAUCAUUCUG